GAGAACGCGCGCGUCGGCGCGGCGGGAAAGUUCUAAAAUUACGGAGGAGGCUCCAGGUGUUGGCUCCCUUCGUUUCCUUCCCCGCAAAUAGUUGGACCUCCCCAGAGACGAGCACCCGGCAGAACAACAUGACUAUUUGAAGCUCUGCCUUUUCUCCCUUUUGAGAUGGCUCAGGAUACACUAGACCUUCCUUUGAACUUUGAGUUUUGGCUGAAUAAGGCUGUAGCAUGGGGCCAGGCCAGUACUUUGGAAUCCCAGCAAGAUGUCUGCCUUCACCUGCCUCAAUUACAGAAGUUCCUGCAGCAGAUUUAUGAAACCUUGAAACAUAUGGAUUUUCCUGUGGCUAUUCAGAGAUUUCCUUUAAUUGGUCAGUUGCUGGGAAGGCUUUCCUGGAAUCCUUUUGUCGUAGGAUAUGAUGAAAACCAGAAAAUUCUAAUGUGGUGCUUAUGUUGUCUCUACUGCAGUGAACCACGGAACCCUAUAGAGCUGGAAGCCAACAUCUGGAUAAGGAGUUUAUUAUGCCAUCUGCUUUCAUCAUCCACACUUGGACUUAAUGAAGUUGGAACUGUUAGUCGAGCUCUUGGGUAUACGUCUCCAGAUUAUUUUCCUAAAUUGCUAAAAAAUAUGGUCUUAUCAUUAGUGACUGAACUCGGAGUGAAUCAUCUUAAUGGAUUUAGCAUUCGAAAAAUGAAGAAGAUAGUCCUUUCUGAAUCAGCUGUACUUUCCCUUUGGCUUCGUCACCUUCCCAGCCUGGAACAAGCAACACUGCAUCUUUUUGAAAAUUUACUCUCUAGGCACAGAAAGUUUCCAGAGGAGAUAGAAUGCUUUAUAAAAGAUUCAUUACUGCCUCAAGCAGCCUGUCAUCCCAGCAUAUUCAGAAUUGUUAAUGAAAUUUUUCGGAAUGCACUACUGGAAACCAAUGGAGCAUCAGAAGUAUUGACUCUUAUACAAGUAUUUACACGAUGCUUUGUUCAAGCCUUCCAGAAAGAUAAUGAACAGCUGAAAUUUCCACUUAAGUCCUACUUUCCCUAUGCCUCUUCAUCUCUUCUCAUGGUAUUACUCCAAAACCCAAAAGAUUUGCCUCGUGGACUUUGGUGCCAGCACUUGAAUUACAUUUCAGAAGUACUCAAAAAAAUAGUUGAAGACCAGAGUGUUCAAUCCUGUGGAAGUCUCUUUGAGCACUGGUUUUCAUUUAUUCACUUUGGAGAAUGGGCUGAUAUUGCUGCUGAAGAAUUAGUGAUGUUGAGAGCUGAAUCCCCUGCAGCCUUGCUGUGGCUCUUGGCCUUCUACUAUAACCCACAUGAUGGAAAUCAAGAGAGGACUCAGACAAUGGUAGACGCAAGAGAAGCGCAUGGGUGCCUCACGAAACUUUUCAGUGGGACUGCCCUCUCAGUGAAAGCUCUUCAGGCUGUGGCUGGUGAGAGCAGCGAGGCAGGUGCAAGACACCCUUCUGUUCAACGAUUAAUCAGGCACCUCCUUCUAAACUUCCUGCUGUUGUCUCCUGAAGGAUGUAAGAUUGCCCAAGAAUUCAUUACAACUCAAACUGAUGAAAUAGCCAAUGAGUUUUUACAUCUCAUUGCCUGUACUACAUACAGAUGGAAUCGUCUUGGCAUUGAAACCCUCAGGCCAGGAAAAUUGGCAAGAGAUCUCCUUCAAGAACUACGGCGUCACAGAACAAAAAGUGUAUUGUUGUAAUGGUCUCAUCCCCCUUGCCGUCAUUUUUUGUAUGACAGUGUUUGC